AAAAAAAAAAGAGGCACGUAUAGUGGGCUAUGGUAACGGUGGCCGGCUGGUUCCCGAAGUAGCGGAAAAGCGUAGCGUUGGCGGCCGUAUAGCGCGUGCGUUUGGCGCACACAGACGAGUGAGUGAACGCGCGUCAGGAGACGGAGAUCUGGCGGUUCUUGUGAUUUGGCCGAUUUAACCCUUCGGCGAGCAGGGGUAACGGGGAAAGUAAAGGGUGAAUAUCGCUGGGAUGGUCCGGGGCGCCCCUCCUCAUCACGGCCUGUGAGAGACAUGCUGCCCGGGGCCCCGGACCCCCAGGAGAGUAGGAGGAGAAGAAGGGGGAAGCUGCCGGGCCCCGGGCUGUGGUGCUGGUGGCCAUUGCUUCUGUCCGUCCUCCUUCAGCAACCGGAGAAAGCUCAUUCCGGACCUGGCCCGUCUACUGACCCGGGGCUGAACUUGUACUUGAGCGAGGAGGAGGUGCGGCGGCUAAUCGGACUUGAUGCUGAACUCUAUUACAUAAGGAAUGACAUCAUUAAUCACUAUGCUCUGUCCUUCAACCUGCUGGUGCCAAGCGAGACCAACAGCCUUCACUUUACCUGGCAUUCCAAAUCUAAGGUGGAGUAUAAAUUGGGAUUUCAGGUGGACAACCCAAUAGCCAUGACCAUGCCAUUGACCAACAUUUCCAUGCAGGGGGAGGUUCCAUCCUUCUUAACUGUGUUUAGGGUCGAUCUUUACUGCUCUGGAAAAAUGGACUCCGAAGUCUUGUUCCUCAUGCAGCUCAACAUCACCAUCAACUCUGCCAAAAACAUCACAGUUCUUAACUUCAAACGAAGGAAAAUGUGCUACAGGAAGCUGGAGGACCUCAAGGUACCAAUGCUCCAGGACAAAAACAGCACCAGGAUUCAUUAUGAUCCUGUCAAUAUUGCCCCAACAACUUCGACUCGUGUGUUCUACAUCAGCGUGGGUGUAUGCUGUGCAGUGAUUUUCCUGGUUGCCAUCAUUUUGGCGGUUCUACAUCUCCACAGCAUGAAACGCGUGGAACUUGAUGACAGCAUGAGUGACAGCAGCAGUUCCCAGGGUCUCUCUCAGCCCUCCACUCAGACAACACAGUACCUGAGAGCAGACACCCCCAACAAUGCAACGCCAGUCACCAGCUCCUCAGGUUAUCCAACACUACGGAUCGAGAAGAAUGACCUGAAAAGUGUAACUCUUCAGGAAGCCAAGGCAAAGGUGAAGGACAUCUCCAUCUCUCGGGAGAGGGUCACCCUGAAGGACGUCCUGCACGAAGGUACGUUUGGCCGAAUAUUCCAUGGGAUCCUAGUUGAUGAGAAAGACCCGAGCAAAGAGAAAGAGGUUUUUGUUAAGACUAUAAAAGAUCAGGCCUCGGAAGUUCAGAUCACCAUGAUGUUGACUGAAAGCUGCAAACUUCGAGGUCUGCACCAUAGGAACCUGCUGCCCAUUGGCCACGUGUGUACAGAAGAUGGCGAGAAGCCCAUGGUACUGCUGCCGUAUAUGAACUGGGGCAACCUGAAACUGUUUCUUAGACAGUGCAAGUUGGUGGAAGCAAAUAACCCACAGGCAAUUUCCCAGCAAGAUCUCGUGCACAUGGCAAUUCAGAUCGCUUGUGGGAUGAGUUACUUGGCACGACGGGAAGUUAUUCACAAAGACCUUGCUGCUAGAAAUUGUGUGAUUGAUGAGUCUCUUCAGGUAAAGAUUACAGACAAUGCUCUCUCUCGAGAUCUUUUCCCCAUGGAUUACCAUUGUCUCGGAGACAACGAGAACCGACCUGUACGCUGGAUGGCUCUUGAGAGUCUAGUGAACAAAGAGUUCUCCAGUGCAGGGGAUGUGUGGGCUUUUGGAGUGACCCUGUGGGAGCUGAUGACGCUGGGACAAACGCCAUACGUUGAUAUCGAUCCCUUUGAAAUGGCCGCCUAUUUAAAAGAUGGCUACAGAAUAACCCAGCCAAUCAACUGUCCUGAUGAGCUGUUUGCUGUCAUGGCCUGUUGUUGGGCCCUGGACCCAGAAGAAAGGCCAAAGUUCCAGCAGUUAGUCCAGUGCCUGACGGAAUUUCACUCUGCCCUCGGAGCCUACGUGUGAGAGUCAAGCCUGCUGAUAUUUUGGACCAUACACUGAUUCAGCAGCUUGUCCCCAUCUGUACAAAGCUCUCCCAACACCGUGCCUUAGGAUGCUCGAUCAGUCGCUUUUCUUCUUUUCUUUUGUAAAAUAGUUUUAUAUACGUAUUUUAUAGCCAUUAGAUCACGUUUUGUGGAAUCGGACAGACGAACGCGACGCACAAGAUCAAUGAUCCCAAACUACUAUCGGCAACAAAACACUAUAGAGGAAUACGAGACUUUCUUCAACUGACUUUUGUUACUGUAACGGACACGUGUACUUUUAGCAGCAGAACAAUCCCUUCUGGUACUUGUAGCAACGACACACGUGGACAUCUGUAAGAUGCAUUGUUCCUUUGUGAAAGGGCAAAAGCCGUAAUUUAUAAGAGGAACCCGUUUGUCUUCUGAUUUGUACAUAGAAAGAACAAGCGCUCGGCCGCAGGCAAGUCACACAGGGACUGCCAGAAGGACUGGGAAUGGAAUGAUAUGAGGCAGCAUUGGGAUUAGGGUACGCUCACUCCUCAGUCACUUUAUUAUUGUACUUACCAUUAUGCUUUCCGAUAUCUAGGCUGUAAAAUUCUGUGGGGGUUUAUUUAUAAACACUGGGCAAAUUUGCACCCGGGCAGUAACCCGUGACAACCAAUCAGAUGAUUGCUUUCAAUGUUCAACCUACAGCUGGCUGAAAAAGCUAAUCACUGAUUGGUUGCUGUGGGUUAAUGCAAAUUUGGCCAGCGUUUAUAAAUGAGCCCCAUUAUGUAAUAUAUUCUCUUGGGUUAUUUUUCCUUGCCAGAGAUCUGAUCUCAUUGUUUUACACAUGUAUUGCCACUAAGUAUUGCAUUAGAACAUAGUUCCAUUAUCCCUUUAAAAAAAAAAAAAAGCUUAGGUCCUAUAUUACUGCUCGAGCAAGAGCUGAGGGGAGGAUACAUUAGAGUCCUGCGCGGGUCCAUUUUUUUUUUGAACCCGGAGCUGCAACCCACAUUCUUACCCGCUACCCAUCCUGCAAGUACCUUAUCCACUACCUGCUGACCAUCAAGAAUCAGGAAGUGUUGUCAUUGUGAACCGGAUGUGACAUCAUAGGAAGUUGGCGUGAUCAGGGGGAAAAAAGCGUAAAACAGGAAGUGCAGUCAUUGUAAACCGGAAGUGCCGUCAACAGAAGUAGACGUGAUAGAAAAAAAGGAGUUAAAAUCGCUAUUGAAAAGACCUGCGGCCCGACCUCUGAACCGCCAACCCUCACCCGGAACUUCAACCCGCAGGGGACCGCAGGUUUUUGUGGGUAACCCGGGGGUACCCGACCCGCUGCAGGACUCUAGGAUAUAUUACCGUAAACCACUUGCAGCCCUCCAGCUAUUGGCAAUCUACAACUCCCAGAUUCUCCCCUGACAUCCUUCAGUUAUUUAACAGCAACUAAAGGACUUUGGGUUGGACCUCUUUGAUGUAAAUACUGAAAAUAUCUACCGAUUGCUACACUGUAUGUUCCUUGUACUUUUAUAUAUGUAUAUGUUCUGAUCCCCCAAAGCAGUUACUUUCUGUGUCCAACCCUAGCCCUGGGAAUGGUUUCACAUUAGGGAUGCACCGAAUCCACUAUUUGGGAUUCGGCCGGAUCAUUUGCAAGCGUUUCGGCUGAAUACAUCCUAAUUUGCAUAUGCAAAUUAGGCGUGGGAAGGGGGGAAACAUUUUUUACUUAAUUGUUUUGUGACAAAAAGUCAUGCGAUUUCCCUCCCCACCCUUAAUUUGCAAAGCCAAAUUAGGAUUUGGUUCGAUUUGGCGGAACCAAAUCCUGAAUUCGGUGCAUCCCUUGUUCACACCGACCCGAAAAUGGGAUGUUAGCGUUGCCCUUCUGCUUGCUUCAUGUAUGAAUCCUUCUCUUGCUCAAUACAGAUCCUUUAUUGUUCAGCAAGAAUGUUGCAACCAAUGGCUGAUAGGUCACGCGUUAUGUCUGUUGCAAACAAUGAUUGGUCAUUAGGGUCCAUAUUUAUAAAAAAAAAAUUAACCAAUUCUAGUAGGGACAAAACUUUUGUUCACUUAAAUAUGGCCCUGGAUUUUUGUCAGGGUGCAGACUUUUUAUUCUGGAGUGGGGGGGGGGUUGGAGCUGUAGCAUCUGCUAAUGUUGUGGUUGUUCUCAACUGAUUUGGUGUGAGCCCCUGUUUCUGCUGUGCGGCUACUUCCAGCCGAGUCAGAGGAAGAAACUAAAUGAGUUGGUGGUAUGUAGCCAAUGGACAGUAUCCGUUAUUAUCCUAUAUAUUGCAGUGACCUUUUAUUUCACGUUUAUUUAUUUUUAUCUUUUGUUACUGUAUAAAAGUCUCCAGUAUCA